AUGGAGACAGCAAUGCAGUGUUCCGUUUGCGACAAGAUCAGAACAUCUGGGCAUUGUAUGAGUGACAUAUGUGCCAUCUGUCUCGCUGCAGUCAAAGACAUGCUGACCCUAAUACACAGAGAUAAAAUUGACAGCACCAAAGUCAAUCCAAGCGAUAUCCAUUGGGGGAUCACGGCCGCUCAAAAAUGGGUUGAGGAAGUGCACGAGAAACAAGAAGGUUUGAUUGGUUUUCUUGGCGGGUUUGCUAUUGCAUUUAAAGAAGCGACUCACACGGAUAUACUGGUUGAGCCUUGUAAUGGACCAGCUAUACCUGCACAUAGGGCUUUGUUGGCAACAAGAUCUGAAGUUUUCAAAAACAUGUUAGCAGCAGAUACGUGCAAAGCAGCACCAGCUGACUCCAUAUCUCUCCGAGAAUUUAAUCACGAAGAGCUUGAGGCCUUUGUGGAGUUUCCUUACUGUGGAAACUUGGGUAAAGAAAAGUUUGAGAAGCACUUUUACUCCCUGACGGUUGCUGCUGAUAAAUACGCGAUACCAUAUUUGCAGAAAUUUUGUGAGCGUGAAAUUCUAAAAUUAAUAGAUUCGUCCAAUGCACUCAAAGUUCUUGAGGUAUCAGAUGUUUGUUCGAACCAGACAUUAAAGAUAGCUGCCUUGGAAUAUAUAAUAAAACACACAGAAGAGUUGGUGUUGUCACCUACUUUUGAUGAAUUUGCAGCUAAGAACCCACACUUAAUGGCAAAUUGUAAUAGGGCAUGUUUUAUUCUUUUGAAAGAGAAGAAAUUGGAAAACAAGUAUCUUCAAGUAUUAAAGAAGCAUGAUCUACUUUGA